GUGUUUCUCCAUGAGCUAUACAAUACAAUCAUUCAUCAUUCAGACACCAAGAAAGAGGUAAUCAAAGCAAAUGGUUCAGAGAAAAGGAUCAACUAGGGUUUUGGAAGAUGCAGAAGAACUUGUCCACGUCCCUCUUCAGGCCAUUCUCUUGGCGGACAGCUUCGCCCAGAAGUUCCGCCCCAUCACCCUUGAACGCCCCAAAGUUAUCAACUAUUUGGAGAAUUCCCAUUGGUUUUCUUUGCCACACUUUGAUGUCACCACAAUAGAGUCACACAAUUUUGUCAGUGCCGGUGAUGCGCUGCGUCUGAUUUUCGAGCGGCAUGUGAUACAUGAAGACUUCAUCCUUAUUACUGGAGAUACAGUAAGCAACAUGUCACUUACAUAGGCACUUCAAGAGCACAAGGAUAGAAGGGAGAAGGAUAAUAAUGUUGUAAUGACUAUGGUUAUUAAAUGGUCAAAGCCUUCUCCGAUUACUCAUCAAUCUCAACUUGGUACUGAUGAGCUGUUAUGGCAAUUGAUCCUUACACAAAGCAACUUCUAGAUUAUGAGGAUAAGGCAGACCAUUUGAAAGAGACUUCAUCUCUUGAGAAAAUGUUACUAGCUGACAAUCCUUCAAUUUCCCUCCACAAUGACAAGCAUGUUCAUUCCUCUAAAAUCCUUUUACAUUUCUGGCUUCUUUUUUAAAUUUACUAUUGUACUUUGUUAUUAAUGAGUUCAAUGUUCUUGUAAUUCUGGUGCUUAGCUCUAAGAAUUACCAACUAGUCUGACAACUUGGGUAUGAUACAAGGAAAAUAUUUAUGAAGUAAUAGAAGAAAUAAAGUGUUUGAAGUGCUUAGGUUUUCAA